CCGACCCGGACACCCCCGAGCUUCCGCACCGUUCGAGCGUUAGCGAAAACAAAAACACGGUUCAAAGCUCCCGCGGGGCCCGCCUGCCGAAGCCCUGCUGACGCGCCGCGGAACAUCGGCGGCGAACGCGGGUCGUGACAGCGGCAAGGGCGGCCUGUCUGUCCGCGUUCACACGUUUGGAUGAGGACACCAUGACGUCCCUCAGCUGGGCCGGGCUGUGCGUCCCCUCAGUCCUGGUCCUGAUCCUGGUCCUGGUCCAGACCACCUCCGUGUCGGCGGCCCGCUCGGACCGGAGCAUGGCGGUGUCGGAGGAGUACGUCAGCGCCACGGUCAACGCCACGGUGCAGGACGCCAGAGGACACGUGGUCCAUGUGAUGAGCAGCGAGGAUGUGACGUACGGGCAGAACUCUCCCAAAGUGGACACCAGGGGCGUGGUGGUCAGACCGGUGCCGCAUCACGGAGUGAUGGACAAGCAGGGCUGCGACCCCCACACCCGCUUCCUGGCCCCUCCCCGCGGCGUCCAGUGGGUGGCGCUGCUCCAGAGAGGAAACUGCACCUUCAAGGAGAAGAUCCUGAAGGCCGCCACCUUCAACGCCUCCGCCGUGCUCAUCUACAACAACUCCACCAACAAGACGGUCAUGAUGGGCCACGAAGGGACGGGCGACACGGUGGCGGUCAUGAUAACUGAAGGCUAUGGCAAGGAGAUCCUGGCCAACCUGGAGCGGAACCUGACGGUGGUGGUCACCGUGCUGGUGGGUCAGCGUAGUACCACCAAGAACAUCAACCGAGGUUCGCUGGUCUUCGUUUCCAUCUCCUUCAUCGUCCUCAUGAUCAUCUCUUCAGCCUGGCUCAUCUUCUACUUCAUCCAGAAGAUCCGCUACAGUGGCGCCCGCGACCGCAGCCAGCGUCGUCUUGGUGACGCGGCCAAGAAAGCGAUGGGCAAGUUGACCACAAGGACGGUGAAGAAAGGAGACAAGGAGACGGAUCCCGACUACAACCACUGUGCCGUGUGCAUCGAAGCGUACCAGCUCAACGACGUGGUGCGCAUCCUUCCCUGCAAGCACGUCUUCCACAAGGUGUGCGUGGACCCCUGGCUCAACGAGCACUGCACCUGUCCCAUGUGCAAGCUCAACAUCCUGAAGGCGCUCGGCAUUACGACCAGCGUGCCCUGCGUGGACAGCGUGGUUCUGGAUGUGCAGCGUCUGGGCGUCGCUCAGGCUUCCGGGAGCCGGAGGGCGCCGCUGAACGACAGGCGCCAGCCCGCUAUCAGCGUGGAGCCGCUGAGCCCGCCGCACCCCGAGGCCCCGCCCAGGACCCCCGCGGAUAUCGCAAUCGCUGUGACGAGCGGUCACUUCUUCAGUUCCACGCCUCCUCGCAGCGUCAUCUGUGACGUGGAGCUUUCGGACCUCCAGGCCUCGCUCGACCGCUACGACGACAAGUCAUGAAGGUUGUCGCCAUAGCAACAGCACCCCCGUGUCACACUUCUACACACACAUACACACACACACACGCACCAUGUGACUGGUAUAAAGACAAAAUUCGGAGAGGAAGCACGUGUUUUCCAUCUCUGGAUCUGGUCUCCCUGGACUUGUGGACUCUCCACCAGUUCUUUGCAAGGUCCUCAGCUCCUGGUGGUGUUCCUGAAGGUCUGAGAGAGGGUUUUUUUUUUCACCUUAAGAAAAUGUAGGAAUUCCAAAAUAGUCUCUUGCAAAAGUUCCCUGGACUUUUUAGCGGGUACUAAAAGGGCUCUUCAAAAGACUUCUUUGGAUCCAUAAAUGCUUCCUGAGGUAUGUUCCUCGAGUGCCUAAAUGUUCUUGGAAGACCUGGUGGACCUGAAUGAAGCUGGAUCAGAACCAAAGAAUCCGUAUGUGCUUCGUCAGCUGGUGGUUCCUCCUAAUCCUGAGACCAGAACCAGAGGGAGACCGGGACCCUGACCCUUCCUCGGAGACUUUGGAGCAAAGAUUUAAAGGAACAGUCCCUCACCCUCGCCUGUGGUUUGUUGUUAUGGUAACACUUACACUUCCCUCAUUGACCAGCGUGUGGCAUCCCAACCUAACCAAACAUUGCAAGUCGCGCUAACCGCAUUUGACUCACAGUUAGCCUAGCUUAGCACAAUAACACAGCUUCGUCCUGCUAACCUAGCUUAGCAUAGCAUAGCACAGUGACAGAUAACCACAAUAAAACGUAGCUUAGCUGGAAAUAAAGGGAAAAGCCAAAAUCAUGUUAGCACCAAGAAACGAGGGAAUCAGCUAACAGGCUGACAUGCUAACUAACGAGCGCAUUUUGGAAAGACAUCCUCGCAGUUUGCACGUCAUUUGGUGUUUGCGUAAGAAAACCUUUUCAAGUGGAAACAAUCCAAUCCCUUUCAGUCUCCAUUAGAGGAUUCUUUGACAUGUGGUGGACUGCUCCUUUAAGGUGUUCAUUUUAGCUCGUAUAAAGAACAUUAUACAAUCUAUAUGCCAAGUAUACUCUCUAUAAUGUGUGUCGUGUCGCUGGUCUGAUGAUGUCAUCGAUCACUGUGUCUCUUAUCAUAUUAAAAUGUCUUUAAAAGUG